CCCAGAUUUGACGUUCUCGGUGUUGUGGCAGUGAACCCUACGUCAACAGCGUUUGGGUUCCUGUUUGUGUGAGAGGACAUUUAAAUGGCCACAGCGUGAAACAGUGGAGCUCCGUAAUAACGCAUUUAUUCAGGCAAACAGCGUACCGGUCUGCACGCGGGACCUUACCUCUGCGUCAAAACCGCUCGGGUUUUUCCGCAGAUCUGUGAAAAUGAGCGACGAAGAGGACUUUAUGCAGAAAGCCCGAACCAGGUUCGAUGAACUGUGCCGAGCCUUGAACAUGGACGAAGAGGCGAGUACCGAAGCAUGGAGGAGCUACGAGAACAUCAGCAGGAACUUCACCCUGGAGGGCAGCGAGCUGCAUUGGCUGGCCUGUGCCCUGUACGUGGCCUGCAGGUCUUCAGUGCCGACUGUAGGGAAAGGUACCGCUGAGGGGAACUACGUCUCCCUGACCAGGAUCCUGCGCUGCUCAGAAAUGAGCCUGAUGGAGUUCUUCAGCAAGCUGAAGAAGUGGCAGGACAUGGCCAACCUGCCACAGGACUUCCGCCGGAGCACGGACAAGUUGGAGCGGAACUUCACAGUGUCGGCCGUCAUCUUCAAGAAGUACGUCCCCAUCUUCAAAUCCAUCUUCAAGGCCCCAUCGGAGGAGCCAGCGCGGGUUCACCGCAGCCGAAAACAGAGGCGCCAUCCCUGCACUGUGACCGAAGUCUUCAACUUCUGCUGGGUGCUGUUCGUUCACGCUAAAGGGAACUUCCCCAUGAUCAGCGACGACCUGGUGAACUCGUACCACCUGCUGCUGUGUGCCUUCGACCUCGUCCUCACCAACGCACUGCUGUGCAACGCCAGGAAAGAACUGCUCAACCCUGAGUUUAAAGGUCUCCCAGAGGACUUCAGAAACAAGGAUUUCAGGCCAUCUGGAGGUCCUUUCUGUUUUGUCCAGCAGCUCUGUGAGCUGCAUGAUGGCCUAGUGUUAGAGGCUAAAGGAGUCAAAGAGCAUUUUUGGAAGCCUUUCAUCAGGAAGCUCUUCCAUAAGCGGAUUCUCAGAGGAAAGGAAGACAGUCUGACUGGUUUUCUGGAUCCUAUGAACUUUGGAGACAGUUUCCUGUCGCUCAGUCGCCUCUAUGAGGAACAUGUUCUGGCUACGGGGAGCCUGGAUGAGAGAAUCUUCACUGGAGAGGGGGCAAAUGACAACAUCGGGACCCCUGGGCCGUGCCUGUGUGAAGGGAUGGAGAACCAGGACAGUAACGCCUACAGACUGAGCACAAACCUCACCGCCUCGGUUCUGAAGGUAUCCACUCCUCUGACGGGGAGGAAGUACAUCCCGGAGGUCCGACUGUCUUCCCCGCUGUCAUGGGCCAUGAAGAGCGUGGGCCGUCUGCACACUCUGCUGUCAGGCACCAAACACGGGCCGAGCGCCAAGCUGGCUGAGAUUCUGAGAGGCUGCGCAAGAGACCCCAGUGAUGUCAUCAGGAAACGCCUGAAGGAAAUGUUUGACAUCUACUCUCAGCAUUACGAAGACAGUGGAGCUGAUGGCAAAGUUAUGGAAAAAGAGAUGGCAGUGAAGUAUUUCCACCUGGCGGAGGCGCUCUACUAUAGGAUCUUGGAGUCCAUCAUAGAGAGAGAGAAGAUGAUCCUGGGAGAUGCUGAUCUGUCGUGUAUUCUGGAGCAGGACAUCUUUCACCGCUCUCUGCUGGCCUGCUGCCUGGAGAUCGUCACCUUCUCCUACAGGCCUCCUGGAGACUUCCCCAACGUGAUCCACGUCUUCCGCCUACAGGCUUAUCAUUUCUACAAGGUGAUCGAGGUGUUGGUGCGCUCAGAGCAGGGUCUAUCCCGUGAGGUGGUGAAGCACCUGAACCAGGUGGAAGAGCAGGUUCUGGAGAGCCUGGCCUGGACCAGCGGCUCCCCGCUGUGGCAGAGCCUCCGUACGGCCAAAGUGCCUUCAUGUCAGGAGGUGAUGCCUCCUCAGUAUCUGGAGCAGAAUGAGGAAACGAGCACAGGAAGCGUUUCCCACACCCCCAUCAAGGCUGGAUCUGAUCUAAGAGCCAGCAGCAUCAUCAAAGGCGUGUCUCCCUCCCCCACCAGCCUGCAGGACAGGUACAGCUCCCCUCCCAGCGGAGGCUUCCGGCGCCGUCUGUUUGUAGACCCGGUGCAAGGCGAGCCCAGCGUCACCUCCACGCAGCAGAGCGCAAUCCCAAAGACGGGCAUCGUCACCGCCUUCCCAGCAGGACAGACCGUGUUCACCGUCACCACCAACAGCGGCCAGACCAUGACCAUACCUCUGCAGGGGAUAGCCAAUGAGAGUGGGAGCAUCACUCUGAUCCCCGUUCAGAUGAGUGGAGCCACACUGCAGCCGCUCUCUGCUCAGACUUUGACCGGCACCCUCGCCAUCCAGUCCCCCGUCACCAAACCAGCCGCCAAAGCCGCCAGCAGCUCGCUGAGGAAAGGUUCCCUCUCUCUGUUCUUCAGGAAGGUUUAUCACAUGGCCAGCGUUCGCCUCAGGGACCUCUGUGCCAAACUAGACAUCUCAUCAGAGCUGAGGAGGAGGAUCUGGACCUGUUUCGAGUAUUCAGUGGUCCACUGCACAGAGAUGAUGAACGACCGUCACCUGGACCAGCUGCUCAUGUGUGCCGUUUACGUCACAGCGAAGGUGAGUAAAGAGGACCGGUCCUUCCAGGACAUCAUGAGGUGCUACCGGACGCAGCCUCAGGCCAAGAGCCACGUGUACAGAAGCGUUUUGAUUUCAGGGAGGAGAAGGCCAGCCUUGGUUUCUGAUGACCCCAAGACACAGAGCUCAGCAGCCAACAGCAGCAAGGAUUCAGGUGGGAAGCAGCUCCCUGCUCCCUGCUCCAAAGAGGAAGAAGCUGGGGGAGACAUCAGCCCCGUUUCCCUCAGUUCCGGCAGCACCUUGCCAGCUCCUGGGACUGCCAAUACCCCCGGCCGGUGCUCGUCCUCCACUGGUGAGGGCGAGGAGGAGCGAGGGCACCUGAUCCUCUUCUACAACAACGUCUACAUCAAGAAUAUGAGAAACUUUGCUCUGAGAUACUCGCCCAGCUCGCCUUCUGCAGGGGCUGACACCCACCCUCUGUGUCCGUACCCGUCCUUGAGGACAGGCUCUCCUCGGCGGAUGCUGCUCUCCAGCAAACACUCCAUAUACAUCUCACCUCACAGGACUCCCUCCUCCCCGUCUCCGACUACGGGGGAUCGCAUUUCUUACUACAUCUGCACCAGCCCCCCCAACCGUCUCCAAGAAAUCAACAGCAUGAUCCGGACCGGAGAGACUCCCACCAGGAAGCGCAGCAUCCCCCUAGAUGAAGAGGCAUCGCCUAAACGGGUCUGUCCCGACAACCACACCAGCCUGCUGCGCCGCCUGCAGGAUAUCGCUAAUGAUCGCAGCUCCUCCCACUGAUAUCUUCACCAUGGCAACACAGCCAGAGACCCGGAUCCGCCUUCAGAGUUUUAGUGAUUCUGGUGCAAGGAGGAUGUUCCCGUUUUUGGUGUACGUCCCUGAUUCUGUUAAGUUUUUGAUUGAAACAUAAAAUAUUCUGUUUAGUAACAACAACAAAAACUGCAGAUUAUUUUUACCCCAUUUAAUUAUUUUAAUAACAGAUUAUAGCAGGUAUAGUUUUAUGCUGUUAAAGCAAACUUUAUAACGAGUCUCAUCCAGCAUCGUUUUUUUCAACGUGUGAUGUUUGUAAUUAUAGUUUUAAAGACAUUUUUCUGUUUUAAAUUAUGUGAUAAAAUAUUUUGAGUCUUUCUUAGGUUGUUUGUUUAUCAGCUGCAGCCACAAUCCAUGCAUUUCCUCACAUAAACAAAGGCCUGUAUGGAUUUAAUGGCUCUUUUACUCUUUGUGUUUUGGUUUAUUUGACAUCCGUUACCCAUUGGAAGCAGCUAAAGGAUUCUUUCAUUUUGUUCCAUUUAACUCAAAGUUUAUAGUCAGAACCGAUGGUUGGAGCAUAAAGUUUAAGUUAAGAUUUGGUCUCUGCUUUUAUCUGUCUGUCUGUUUAACCAGCUCAGCAUCACCUCCGCUGUUAGAGCAAAAAACAUGUAAAUAUUCUGUAUAUACAAAGAAAAGCUAUUUAAAAGAGGUGAUGUAAAAUAAGUGCCUUUUUUUUUAAUAUUUGACAAGUUUUCUGGAAUGUUCAACAACAAAAAAGUGUUUAAUAAAAGGCUCCAACUAACCUGA